AUGGAAAUCCAAGAUACUCUCGGCCCUCUCAGACACGUCACCGUCAGCCCAAACGCCGACUGGCGGGAUGCAGAAGACACUAUCGCCAGACUCGAAGCCUGCAAUGAGACGCUGUCGAACACAAGGGAUUUUCUCAUUGACAUUGCACCUAGCACAUCACUUCCUAAGGCGAAAGAUACAGACACUUCGUUGCAUCACGAUGUUCCAGACGACUCCGCGACUGGGCCGUCGUACGAUGUCUUCGGCAGACUGAUGCGUGUGCCGGAGCACAUGACGAACCUGGAGAGUCUCACCGUCAACAUGCCAAAUGAGCAUGCGAGGUUGCUUUGGUACGCUUUCCAUCCCAAAGCGACUCCAGAGCAUCUCUUGCUCUACCAGAUGUCCUUUCCAGACCACGUUGUCGCUUUAAACUCCGUGAAGAGCCUCGCAAUUCCGCCAACAAUGGACUGGCUCCGCGAUCGAUGUCCCAAUGUCGAGAAGAUAGCGCAUUACAAGCCUGGACAGCAUCGCAGCACUUUGAAGUACAAGUCGAUCGCUGAGUGUCCCUUGACAUCCGAGCAACUUCAAGAUGUCUACAUUCACUCUUACAGAGAAUGGGAAACAGCGAACAAAGGUUCAGCCAGAAUCGAACCAUGCCUAAAGCACCUUCACAAAACCCGCAAACUCUCCAUCAAUAUCUAUAUGUUGCAGCAGAAGGGUUGCGUGUUCCGCGAAGAUCCACCACCACAGGACUUGCCGUCUCGACUUGCCCGUGUGCUGAGAGCAAUGACUGGGCUGGAGGAAGUGCAUGUGACGUUACCGCAGACGCACGAGGUUCUGUUCGAGAAUGCUUUCAAAGACUCAAUCGGAGGAGAUGAAGGAGCAAGAGAUGAGACCUUGUGGGAUUGGCACGAGGAGUUGUGA